GUUUGGCUUUUUAUUAUGCAACAGGCUGUUCAGUGCUUCCGGACGCUGGUUAAAAAAAAAAGAAAGAACAAGUUUGAGCCUAUUGACGACUGGUAUACAGCACAUUAGGUAACAACACAGCAGGGAAGGAUAAGGUGUCUGACUAUGUGCUGCAAGCUGAAGCUUGUUACCCAGGAACAUACCCAUCCUGCACUUCUAGCACAACGUUACAGAAACAAACAGCAGCGAACUCAGUCCUCAGAAAUGGCAGAAAGAGAGUCGUGCUCCCUCGGUAAUGGAACGUCAACAGCCGUUUACACUAAUCUUUUAGCGCCCUCUGAAGGCAUCCACAGCCUACUGCAAGACGGGCUGAGCUUCACUCCACUGGACGCCAGCAGUGACGGCACUAUUCAACCUUUUUCUCGUUCACCCAAACUACAGCGUAAGGCUGCCAAAACCGCACAACCCUCUCAGGAGCAGUUAACCAGACGUAUCCAGGAGCUGCAGGCUGAAACGUCCAAGACUGAGGCGCGGAUCCAGUCUCUGAAGAAACGCAAGGCCGAUCUCUCUAGGACCACAGAGGUCAUGAAGCAGCAGGUUCGAGAGCACUUUGAGAACAUGCGGUGCAUUUUGAAGCAGGAUGAACAGGUGAUCCUGGACUCUCUGGAGCUGGACCUGAGGCAUACAAGGACCAAGCUGGACCAGGUUCUAAAGAAGUGGGAUAACUACCACGACCAGGUCACCAAGAGCAUCAGCAGCAUACAGAGAACGUUGAGUAAAAGCACCACAGCGAAGGAAGGCGAGCAGGGUCACUCUGAGACUGCAAGCCUUAAGAAGCCAGACACGUCUGAGAAGGAAAUCAGGCUGAAUGAAGAGAGAUUUGAGAGGCUUCUAAAAACACUCUCCUCCAUCGCCAAAAACCUCAAGGCCAGGCUGCAGAGGAAGACUCUACUCUUAGAUUCUUUCCCCAUAAUGAUCGACAGGCAGUCUUGCCAUAAUCUGAUCAGAGUGACAUCAGAGGGGCGGGGCAUGUCCUUCUCUGGCUCUGCUUGCCCAGCUCCAGAACAUCCCCUUCAGUUUGAUAAGGUAUGCUGUGCUCUGGGGUCCUCUCCCAUCACAGCAGGUCAGAGUUACUGGGAGGUAAAUGUCCGCUGCUGCUCAGCCUGGGCUGUGGGUGUAGCCUAUGACACCCUUGAGAGAAAGGGCAAUGACAAGGGCGCCAAGCUGGGCCGAAACAGGAACUCAUGGUGCGUGGAGUUUCAGAGCCGCAAUCUGACCGCGUGGCACAACAACCGGCACAUAUCAUGUCAAGGAGUGGGGCAGACUCCAAUUAGAAAAGUGGGAGUGUGGGUUAAUUAUGACAAAGGCCAGCUGAUAUUUUACGAUGCAAAAAACAUGGUUGUCCUGCAAAAGUUCUCAGCAGCCAUGACACCGGUGUUCGACAGAGCUCAUCACCAGUUCACUCAACCCCUGUACCCCGCCAUACGCUUCCUGAGACCACCGGACAAUCAGGUCUGGCCAAACCACUUGGAGUUUUGUUCCCAGAAGUUUCUGUGAUACCAUUAUCAUAUUCUACAUAAAGUUGUGCUUAGAAGUUUACAUAUGCUCAUCAUUGUGAUGAAUGCUAUGAAUGUUAUAUCUUUGAACUACGUAGAACGAUUGUACAGCAUAAAAGCUUUAAUGACUAAAGGCUCAAAUAUGCACUUAAAUCUUUUAACAGAUGGCACUGAAAUUAUUUUUACCUUGACAGGGCCUGUAAAUAAUUUGAUCAACUGACUACAACUGGUAGUUUAUCUUUGCCAGCAUAAAAAAAGGAUUUGCUUGACAGCACUCAUGAGACCAAAACUUAGAACAAUGGAAAACUCGGAACUGUAGGUUCUACAAAGGAUUAUAGAUUUACACAAGUUCAGAAAGUCUGAUGAAAUCCUCCCCAAAUCUGAUUCCAGGGUCAUCGGCUCAAAUAUACACAAGUACAUAUUUGUGCCUGUAUAUAUGCUUUUGACCUUUGAAGCCUGAUCCAUGAAAUAACUGCUAAUUUUUUUUAAAAGAUUU